UGCACUCACCACACAGGGCCGAACGCCCCCACCCACCCGGGUGGCAUGGCCAAGGAAGAAGUCCUGUCACCCCAGGGGUUUGGGAGAGGCAACGGGGCCAGGCUGGGGGGAGCGAUGGCACCUUCGAACUAUGAGCUGAUAGAGGGGGUGAGACGGGAGCCCCACCCAAGCCGCUGGCCCAUCCAGCCCAGCUCACAGCAUCCCCCCAAUGACCCCCAGCGGGCCCCGCUGCCCCCUCCAUUUACCCCGGAGCCCAGGCUGACAGUGUAAUUACACCCUCUGUUCCCAGCUCCCCAGUAUUGGGGUGUCCGUGGGGCCAUUCAGGCCUGGUGCUGUAGCCAGGAGACAGGCCUGGAGGGGCAUUGCAUCGCUGCUGAACAGAACCAAACCGAACAGAAUGCAAAGCAGGGGACACAAAGGGACGUUAGCCCAACGGGCUACACCCCAGAGCUCUCCUGCCCAACCCCAGGGAGCUGGCGAGGAGUGGAGGGGGCCCCGGCUGCCAGCCCCCACUCUGGAGUGCAGCGCAGCACAGAGGAGGGGGGGUUCCCGGCCCUGCCACACGCCACGGCUCAGAGAGAGGAUUUUUCACCCUGUUCCAGCUAAUCCCGUUACUGCGUUUUAAUCCCGUAAAGGGUGGCCCUGUGGGAGCCUCAUUUACAUCGAUUACGGCAGCAAUCCCCUCAGAUCCACUCAGGAGAGACUCCGGCGCUUCUAAUCCGGGCCCGAUUGAAACCCCGGCCUGGAUAAUCCUCCCAGCCGACACGCUGACCCGCCGCUCCUGCGCUCCGCUGGGAACAGGCAACGCGAGGUGCUGGCUCCGCACACGGACGGGAGCCGUGGCUCUAGGCUCCCUGCGCUGGAACCCUGGAGUCUGGGCAGGAGCCUGGGAGCUCGGCCAAUGGCCCUACACCAUGGCCCUGACCGCCCUGGGGCCCAUCUGGGGACACCGGAGUGUUUGCUGCUGGCCUCCCCCUGUCCUGGCCCCCACCCGAUCAAUCCCAUCCCGCUGUGUCCCAGCUGCGUCCAAGUCCCAAACAGAGCCGGGCCAUGCAAUGGAAUUUCAAACCCACCCGUCCCGGCCCCACAUCUCUAUGACAGGCACUGACCCCCAACACAUGGCAAUUUGCUCCUCCAGGCUGGCGCAUGCGCGGGCACCACCCGGCCCAGCUGAGUAGGGCCCGCCAGAAAUGGGGCAAGAAGGUUAGAGGGGACUGAGUCCACAAAGCCCUGCUCCAGGGCUUGGAUCGCUGGCGAGGCUUCCUGGCCAGGCUAGGAGAUGCUGGCACAACCCCCACGCACUCCCCUUCGUGUCCCGCCCUGGCCGUGCCCCCUGGUAACGCCAGAAUUGUGUCUUAUCCCACCCGGCUCCCUCCUAGCUCGUGGGGACUCUGACCAUCGGCCCAAGCCGGUGUCUAACUCAGCGCAGCUCCUGCGUUCUUCACCUCCCUGGCGUGGGAUCUCUCCAGCCCCGGCUUGUAUCACAGUGCCUCCCACUCUGUCUCCGUCGCCCUGCUAGCAAGGUGGCCGGAAAGGAAGAGGAAUAUUCUAGGUAGUGCUUGGCACAAGCCAGGGUGUGUCUGGCCGGCCAGCGUCUGGCCGUGUCCCUGCUCUGCACAUGCAAACAGGGGGCCAGGCUAGCUUUUCCUGGGUGUGCUGCCAGGUGGGGUGUGGGAGGGGCAGGUCCAAGUCCUAUCCUGGGUUCACCCACUGCGUCCCCCCCUCCAUUCCCUGCUCCCGCUGCUCCCCGGGCGCACUGAGCAGAGAGGAGUGGAACACCAGAGCUGUCAAUCUGUCUGUGCUUGACUCCCUGCAAGCCUCCCCCUCCGCCCUCCUGCUUCGUCCCGGGAGCUGUAGUGCAUCCCCCGCGGGGCCAUGUAGGGCCAGGGCUCCCCAUUCCCCAACCUCCAGCUCUGCCCUGCCAGGGGGACGGGGGUGCAGGGCUUUGCUCAGCCUGGGCGGCCAGAGCAGCAGACGUCCAGCCCCUCCCGCUUCACCCUCCUCCUGUGGCCCAGGCCUGCCAUCUGCAGGCAGGGCACCGAGCCCAGCAGCACCCAGGGCUUCCACGCUUGUACCAGCCCCUGCCCAGGCCCUGCGCCCCACUGGGGGAUGGGGAGAACCCUCCACACAGCUCAGACAGCGACAGAGACAUGGAUACACACCCUGGCAGCUCAAACAAAGGAGGCCGAACCUCCAUACCCCAUACCCAGCUGGCACAGGGGCAACGGCUCCCAAACACCCCUCGCGCUCUUUCCUCUCUGCCCUCCCCCAGCAUAACCGCCCUGACCCCCUCGAUCCCCAGGGCGAAUGGAGCCAAGCUGCCCUGUUUCCCCCAGUAACCCGCCCUGCUGCCCUCUCCAGCGCCUGCUGGCCCCGUACCACAGAGCCAGGGUCUGGUGCUCUGCAAUGGAUGUCAGGGCAGGUCUCCACCUCGAACCACUGGCUCACCCCCUCCCAGGAACACCCAGGCCAAGCACCUGGAGCCCUUCUCCGUGCCCAGAAGGCCUGUCCCAUCGCAGAACGAUGCAUUAGGAUUGGAAAAGGUGCAAAGAAGGGCCACAAAAACCGUCAGGGGAUGGAACAGCUUCUCUACGAGCAGAGAUAAAAUCUGGAACUGGUUCAGGUUGGAAAAGAGCCGACUAAGGGGGUAUGACAGAGGGCUGUAAAUCACGACCGGUGUGGGGAAAGCGAAGAGGGAAGUGUUAUUUACCCCUUCACAUAACAGGAGAACCAGGGGUCAUCCAAUGAAAUUAACAAGCUGCAGGUUUAAAACACACAAGGAAGUACUUCACACAACACACCUGUGGAACUCAUUGCAAGGGGAUGUUGUUCAGGCCAAAAGUACAACUGGGUUCAGAAAAGACUGGAUAAGUUCCUGGAGGAUAGGUUAGUCCAUCAAUGCUUGUUAGCCAGGACGGUCAGGGAUGCACCCCCAUGCUCUGGGUGUCCCUCAACUUGGGACUGGACGACAGGGGAUGGAUCACUAGAUAACACCCCGUUCUGUUCGUUCCCUGGGAACCAUCUGGCACCGGCCGCUGUCAGGGUUAGCUGGACCCAGGAUGGCCGUUCUUACCUCCCUGAGCCCGUGAAGAGAGUCUCUCUGAGCAGCAAUGCCAAGUGCCAAACGGAUGGGUCUGUCCCCUGUACUCCCUGCCCGUCUCUGCCUCCCCGAACGCAGCGCGCUGGAUGCUAUGGAGUGGCCUAGCCGGGGACUGGGAUAUGACACCCCCAGACAGGCACCAGGCUGAUUCCCCUCCUCCACCCUGGAUCUCACGUGGGCCCCAAGCCACUACUGAUGCAAGGGGGCGGAUGGUGAACACUCCCCCAGCACAGGAGGCGUUAGGAGAACCCAGGAGUCCUGUGCGCUCAGCAGCAAGCCAUGGCCCGUGGAAGCCAGAUUCAUGCCAACAUUGCUGGAUGGGUGCCCUGCCCCAGACACACCGGAGCUCCAGGGAGACACAGUGACCCAGUUUUCCUCCCUUCCAAUUUCCCAAGCAACUGCCCCCCAAUCAUCGAUCACCCAUCUCUCCUAGCGCCCAUGGAGUGCCUGGUUACCCUGGGUGCUCCCCUCCGGGGGUCAGGCAGACCCCUCCCCCAGCAGAUGAGGGCACAGAGGCAGGCAGCAGUUAUCAGGGAGGGGGCCUGCGGGUGCUGGGGGGACCGGUGGGGUUUUGGCUCACCCUGUGCGACCCCAUCUGGCCCAGUGGCAGGGGAGUCCCUAGUGAAGCAAUAGGGACCAGAGGGUGGCUGGGCAGCAGGAGCAGGGCCUGGCCCGGUGAAUGCCACACGGGGCAAAGACCCCACAGCCCCGCCAGUCCCCACCAAGCAAGGGCCCAAAGCCAGGUCCGGCGCUGAUGGGUAAUUCCUCCCCCAGCGCCAGCGAGGUGACGCCCCAGCGUGGAGCCAGAGACCUUUCAUGUGCUGCCUUUGAUGUAGUGUGAAACGAGAAAAAGGCUCGUUAUUAAAGAAACAGCCCCAAGCCCUGAGAGAACCGUGUAAUUAACUCCGCGUGGGACCCGGGGCGGCAGGCAGGAGUGCGCCAGCCCAACUGACCAGCCGGGGGUCCUGCUGGACCAGCCCCCUGGGCUGACGCCAUCCGGAGCCCCGCUCCCCCAUCUCCCCUGCAGGUUUCACUGCACGUCUUGGCUGGUGGCCCCCAGGGCCCCUGCCCGGGCCCAGCCGUGGAACAAGCCCCCAGGGCCCCACAGCCCAGGACGGAGCCACCGGGGGCAAGAACAGCCUCCAUCUGCUCUAGGCCCUGCUCGGGCUGCCCGUCCUCUCCCCGCUCUGCCCUAGAGCUGGCCCCGACCCCCAGGAGAGCACCCCUCCCACAGGGGCCCAUUAGAGCCAGCUCCUGAUAAACAGCCUCGUUAAGGAGCCCCCCCACCAGCCCUGCA